GUUUGAAUGAUUAAGUGCAUGCAUGCAUCGGGCACAAUGUGCAUGUAGUGGUCGCGUGGAGAUAUUCCGUUGAUCGCUCAUGGAAGUUGACAUGAUUGAUGGCUGUGACGACCGACCCCCGUGAUGGAUGGGUGUAGGAAGAAAAGAUCAUGUCAACGUUGACCAGGUCAUUUCUCUGGAGUCUACCUACGCCGAUGCAACCGUAGACAUGUACCAACAAGAAGCAAUCGACACCCAACAAUGCCACGACAAGUUCCGUGACGUGGCAAAUGCGUCCACUUCCAUGACCACGGCCCAUCCGCUUUUCAAUUGCUUUCGCUCGUUCGACGAAAUUGCAUCCUUUCUCGACAGGUUGCUCUUGUCGAGUCGCCCAUCCAACCGCCACCUGUUGAAAGUUCCCAUUGCCUCCACUGUCCAAGGUCACCCUAUCUUUGGCUACCACUGGACCAAGCCAUCGAAAGGCCGGGCGCUGCUAUACAUUCAAGCUGGCGUCCACCCCCGAGAAUGGGUGUCCAUUUCCUCUUUGGUGUACGCCAUGGUCAAGCUCAUCUCGUCGCCAUCUUCCAAGGCGCUGGACGACUGGGACAUUGUGUUUGUCCCCGUGGUCAACGUGGACGGCUACAAAUUGACGUGGAGCGCUCCCGCAAACCGACUGUGGCGAAAGAACGCUCGUGGAAUUGACUUGAAUCGGAACUUUGGCCCGGCGUCGUACUUUACAGCGACCAACGACACGACCAGCGAGACGUAUUCUGGCCCGUACGCGAUGAGCGAGCCAGAAACCAAAGGGAUUGCGGCUUAUCUAGAGUCCAUCCAAUCGCGGCUGCGCGGAACCCUAGACGUUCACACGACUGCAGGCGUCGUCGUGCGUCCGCUAUCCGUUUCCAACGCACCAUUGCAAGGCGACGACGAAGCCUCCAUGUCCAAGGUGGGCGAGGCCGUGGCCAGCGCCAUGAAUAAUGCUGCAAGAAGUGGGGGUGGCAGCAGUGAUGUCCCGUACACGAGCAUCGCAGGCCACGAGCUGUACCAAGGCGCGUUGUAUUCAGGCACGUUCAAAGACAUGGUGUACUUGAGCCUGAACCGGACGCCGUCGCUGACGAUUGAGCUACGGGGCGAGAGUGGGUUUAUGGCUUCGAGCGGGUCGAUUCGGCGAUCGGGUGACGAGCUCGUUGAGGCCAUUGGGGCGUUUGCUUCUCAGCUCCACUAAGUCUUGCGAUUACUUCGAAGUAGUUAGUACUACUAGUAACUCCACGGAACACAAGCAUCA